AUGUCUAAUUAUCCACUGAUGCAGCAACCCGAAUCAAGAGACUCAAUAUUUACUUUAAUGCCUAAUGAAUAUAUUCGAUUUGAAUAUACUUAUAAAUUAGGUUGUUGUUGUUUUAGUUCCAGAAUAACAACUGUAACUAAUAUGCGUUUAAUUACACAUAUUAUUAAAACACCAACAAUAUUUUCGAGAAAAACAUCAACUGGGAAAGAAAAGAUUAAAGUAAUUUAUCUUGCAAACAUGAGUAAUAACAAACAAAUACAAUCAGCAACAUCAUCAAGUCGAAAUAAAUGGUGGAUCAAAUGUAGUGAUGUAUUGUCAUGUACAUGUUCAAAUCAAGAUAUUGAAUGGUUAGAUUUAUCCUAUGAUAUGCAAAAUUUAGCUAUGGAGACAACCAAUUCUACAGUGGAAACAAAUAAUAUUCGAAAAGCAUCAUUAGUUGAAAGAUUUUAA